AUGGCUUACGUGGAAAACCGGAUCGCUGACGUGGACGAUUCUGAUCAAGGUGCAACCAACGGGACAGUGGGACGAGGAGGAGGGAGAAGAGCAGAGAGAGCAGGGGGACCCGGCGGGCGAGGGGGAGUGGGGAGCGGAGCAGGAGGAGCAGGAGGAGGGGCAGCAGUGGAAGCAGAAGCAGGAGUAAAAGGAGGAGCAGAACGGAGCGGGAGGGAAGAAUCUAGAUCGGGAAUGGGAGGAGAAUCAACGGCCGAUCUUCCUUCAAGCAAUCACCGAAACGUGACUGUUGUUCUAGAUCUGACAGCUGAUGAAGAAGACGGAGCAGCAGAUGCGACGGUUGAUUGCAAUGCAGCAGCACCACCGCUACCAUCAGCCACACCAGCUGCAGCAAACGCAGCAGCGGCACGAGAGGCAGCCAUGCCGCAGUCAAGCCCUUCUCAGGCGCCCCAAGCGCCGGCUGCCUCGCUGCCGUUUGAUGCCCUGCCCUUCUGGAGCCUCGCCCCCUCGCCCUGUUUUCAUCCCCUCUCCCUGUUUUCAUCCCCUCUCCCUGUUUCCAUCCCCUCUCCCCGUUUUCAUCCCCUCUCCCCGUUUUCAUCCCCUCUCCCCGAUUUCAUCCCCUCUCCCUGUUUCCAUCCCCUCUCCCCGUUUUCAUCCCCUCUCCCUGUUUUCAUCCCCUCUCCCUGUUUUCAUCCCCUCUCCCUGUUUCCAUCCCCUCUCCCUGUUUUCAUCCCCUCUCCCUGUUUUCAUCCCCUCUCCCUGUUUUCAUCCCCUCUCCCUGUUUUCAUCCCCUCUCCCUGUUUUCAUCCCCUCUCCCUGUUUCCAUCCCCUCUCCCUGUUUUCAUCCCCUCUCCCUGUUUUCAUCCCCUCUCCCUGUUUCCAUCCCCUCUCCCUGUUUUCAUCCCCUCUCCCUGUUUUCAUCCCCUCUCCCUGUUUCCAUCCCCUCUCCCUGUUUCCAUCCCCUCUCCCUGUUUCCAUCCCCUCUCCCUGUUUUCAUCCCCUCUCCCUGUUUCCAUCCCCUCUCCCUGUUUCCAUCCCCUCUCCCUGUUUCCAUCCCCUCUCCCUGUUUUCAUCCCCUCUCCCUGUUUUCAUCCCCUCUCCCUGUUUCCAUCCCCUUUCCCUGUUUCCAUCCCCUCUCCCUGUUUCCAUCCCCUCUCCCUGUUUUCAUCCCCUCUCCCUGUUUUCACCCCCUCUCCCUGUUUUCAUCCCCUCUCCCUGUUUUCAUCCCCUCUCCCUGUUUUCAUCCUCUCUCCCCUCUCUUGGCAUCAUGACUGCUUAUCUCUCCCUCUCGCAUUCACCUUCUGGUUCUCCCUCUCUCCCCCUCCCUCUCCCCUCCCUCACAGCGGGCCUCUCUUCAUCAGAACCGUUGACGCCCCUCUCCUCCCUCUCGGCACCGUCACGGCUCAUCUCUCCCUUACUUCUGCUGCUCUCUCUCCCUCGCUCAUACACUGUCUGAUGUCCGUCUCUCCCCCUUCCCCCUCUUUCCAUCUCCCUCCCUCUCCCUCACAGCGGGCCUCUAUUCAUCAGAACCAUCGACACCUCUCUCCUUCCUCUCGGCACCAUCACCGCUCACCUCUCCCUUACCGCCGUCACCCAAGUCUCCCUCGCUGCGGCCUCUCUCACUCACCUCGCCGCCGAUACCACCGUGCCUAG